UCUUGUCUCACCAACACAGCAACCUAUCCACCGUUGUAGGCCUCCACAAGCCAUGGCGAGCGUUCGCCAAAAGAAGAAAGGAAUCCGUGCUGCUUCGAGCCCCCCUGUUGAGUCAUCUCUGCCUAGACCCAAUGUGGCGCCGCCUCCCGCAGGCCUUGCUGCUGCACGCGAAAGGGCACGUUCUCCGACCUCCUCCGCAGCAGUGGCCGCUCCGCCCGCGGCUCCAGCUCGCACCGCAGUGGUGCAAUCAGCGAGGACCAAAGGCAAACGCUCACCCUCGGGAGCUACGUCCUCAUCGAGCUCUCCAACCCACAUGAAAGGGGGAGCCCCAGGGACUAGACCGGUCUCAGAAGGCCAGUGUAAUGGAAGGCUGGGUUCAGCAGCAAGAGGAGCAGAUAAAUCCCUCCGUGAGACCGUUCGCCAAGUGCUGCUCUCCGAUGUCGUUCGCAUGGACGGUGGCGGCAAAGGGGCGAGGGGGGCAGGCAGCGAUGCCUGGAGAGUGAUGGUGCUGGAUGCCCGGGCAACCCGCGUCAUCUCUUCCGUCUUGGGCAUGUACGACAUCAUGGAGGGGCACGUCACAGUCGUCGAAGAUUUGCACAAGGCCCGGCAGCCAUUUCGAGAGAUGGAAGGCGUUUACCUCGUGGCGCCCACGGCGGAAUCUGUGGAAGCGAUAAAGCGCGACUUCAGUUCCCCGGCGGAUGCUCUGUACUCCAAGGUGCACUUGUUCUUUUUGGAGAGGGUGCCGCCGGACCUGCUUCAGAGCAUCAAGCAGUGCCCCACCCUCGUAUCCCGACUGAAAACCUUCAAGGAGAUCAACAUGGACUUCCUCGUGCCCGAGAUGCAGUCGUACCACUUGGAUAUGGGCAGCCUGUCAGGGGCGGGGGAGGUAGAAGCGGCGGCGCACUUUCGAGAGCUGUAUGGAGGCAGGGGACAGGCGAGUGCCGGUCGUGUGAUGGCAUCGAUAGCGCAGAGGCUAGUGACACUGUGUGCAACGUUGGGGGAGUUUCCGCACGUCAGGUUCGCCGCAGAUGGCGGGGGGCGAACGGAGGGGGUGGCGACAACGUUCCAGGCGAACAUGGAAGAGCUGGUGUCCAACUCACCGACGUGGACCUUCCGUGGACAGGACAGCAGAGCCUCGGACGGUGGUCGAGCGACCCUUCUUCUCUUGGACCGUGCGGACGACCCGCUCUCGCCGCUGAUGCACGAGUUCACCUACCAGUGUCUCGUCGAAGACCUCCUCGGCAUUAAGGACGGGCGCGUGACCUACACGACAGAGACUGGGAAAGGAAAGCAGAAGAAGGAGGCCCUCUUGACUGAUUCCGACGCCUUGUGGGCAGAGUUCCGCCACAAGCACAUCGGGAAAGUCCUGACCGACCUAGGUAACCGUUUCCGCGACUUGGUGGCCAGCAAUGCCGGAGCCGCGGCGUUGGUCAAGGGCGAAGGUCGACAGAUGUCGGUGGAGCAAAUGGCUAAGGCGACACGGGGCCUCCCUGAGUUCCAGGAGCUGAGCAAGAAGAUGUCGCAGCACGUGCGCCUGUCGCAGGAUUGCAUGGACAAGUUGGAGAGGAAGAAUCUACUUCAGGCUGGGGCGUUGGAGCAAACGAUGGCACUGGGCACUGACGAGCUUGGCAGGAGUAGAAAGUGCAAGGAUAUCUUGGAGGGGUGGGUCAUCGAAGGCAGCGACGUGCAACCGGGCUUGCUCGAGAUCCUCAAGGCCUCGCGGACACCAGAGGAGAUGAAGCUCAGACUGGUCGGCAUCUUCAACGUUACCCAGACCAAGGCCACUUCCGACGAGAAAGCGAGGGUUGUCAGGGCAGCACAGCUAGCCUCGACGUCAGUGCCGACGCUGACCGGCUUGGAAAGACUGGCGGCCGCGGCGGGGGUCGGCGGCGGGGUCGGCGGCUUCUCCGAUCCAUCCAGCGCCAAGAAAGGCAACAAGUUGUUCAAGUCGCUCGGGUUCGGCGCUUCUAAGCAGGAAGAAACGAACGACUUCACCCACAUGAGGUAUAAAACUCCCCUGAAGGAGACCUUGGCCAAGAUGCUCUCGGGGACCCUGUCUUUCGACGCCUUCCCUUCCCUAUUGCCUAUGCCUCAAGAGGCGCCGAAGAAGGCGGUGGGACGCAGCAUCCGCAAGGGUGGUGGGCAGGAGGCAACAACGUACAGCGGAGCUCGAGUAAUCGUGUUCGUGAUCGGCGGCGUGUGUCACUCGGAGAUGAGGGCUGCCUACGAGGCAAUGCAAGAAUACGGACGGGAGGUCAUUGUAGGCGGCACGACGUUCUUACCCCCAGCGGGCUUCUUGCAAGGCUUGAGCGGGUUGGCUUAGCACCGUACGGCUGACAAGGGACGGUAUCCGAGGGUUUGUUUUCUUUGUCUUUUCAAGUCGGUAAAUUGAUCGCGCCGUUGAACGCUACAAACUCGGCUGUCUGACGUACUGAGUUAAGAUACCCCCUGGGUCUGGUACCCGUCUGGCGGCAGUGCAGCAAUCGCACGCAACCCAAAUGAGGUUCGCUGGGUAGGUAGCACGGGGUUCCCGCGGCUGAACCGGAGAUUUAACAUUUCCGUUAACGUUUGCGUGAUCUCGCGCAGAGGUGCCUUGAACCGUCUCAUCGAGGGAAUGGACGCGAUGCACCACCCUUGACUUUUUUUUUUCUUGGCCGGAAAAGGCGUGCGGUUUUAUUCACUCCUUGGUGUUUGUGUGUGUACAAGUACUGUUUCUCAAGAGGUAUUUUACGUUGUUGUGUCUUCUACCGAUGGGUGGUAUCAUUAGGUUUGCCAUGCGAUUCAAGUUUUCCCCGACAACCAUAUAGCCUAGUCUAACAGGGAGCUCAGCGCGAGGAUGGGGAGUUUCUGUCGGCUAGAUUCUCGCUGGGAGGUUCAUUCAAUUCAUGGUUGGUGUGUUCGUUUUGUAGAGAUAUCCGGCGGAGUGUAUCUUAAGUGUUUUGUUCAAGUGUUUUGUCUCAACGUAAUGUGUGCGUUCGCCAAUUUGUUUUGUCCAGUAUAUCAACCCGCAAGGUCGAUCGCUGCAUCACCAGGUGACCCCAGGGUGAGCACCAAACACGAGACAAUGAGCCCGAUUAAAGACUUGUCGAAGGCAUGCUCGUGUGCCUUUCACGUUCUGACUCGUGAUUUCCCAAUUUGGACAGCGAAAGCUGGGAAUGCAGACUCAGGAAGGGUAGGUAUCGUUGCUGGAGUAGCUGCGACUCGUUCGUUCCGUUUGCCCCGACGCUUGUAUUCCGUUUUCGUUCCGUUACAAUUCCGACUU